AUGGCUAGGAAAGUAUUCAGAUCACGUGGUCAUGCUCAUAUUCUCGGACUAGCGCCUAGUGGGGAGCUGCUAAAUCAAGCUUCAAGAAAUACGCCAAAAGUAUCAACAGCUUCACAUUCAGUCAAUAGCGUUCCCCAUCAUGGUUUUUUUCUGUACAUAAUACUUCGUUUGGCAGCCAUGCGAUCCCAAUUGACACGGAGCGUAUUUCGUCGCCUCCUGUCAAACGAAGGCCUCAUAUUCCACUGUCCCUCUCGAACCGCUUUGCUUUCUCGGCAUUCCCACCGCCAUGCCUCUCCGUAUGUUAUUCGACCUUCAGCUCGGAGGACACUCUUUGGCUUCUCGCAGAAGCCGCCCCGGCAGCAAAAAGAACCGUCUCUUGCCCCAGGGUUAAAACCUAUGCUGGAUUUGAGCUUGAUGGAUAAGAUACAGGCUAGACCUCCGCCAGCAAAAGAUCUGGUCAAAGCAUGGAGAACAUUUUUUGGACAUAAAUCGUCAAAACCGGAGGGUUUCAAUAGCAUUCAAGCUCAGCAUGUAUUGAGAGUCUUCAAGCAUCUGCAGAAGCUUGAUAGCCAGGACGAAGAUUGCAGAUUGAAUGUAGAGGAUCUUAGAUUGCCUAUUCGAGCUCUUUACAAGCUACCAGAGGAUAAUGGGGAUAUGCAUGCGGAACUUGCGAAGCUUUUACAUACAGAGUGGCUCAAACACCCGGUAGAGGACGAGUCUCGGCGCCAAUCGGAUUUCCGGCUUUUGAUUAGUGUUUUGACAGGGACCGGUCAUACAAGGGAGGCUAAAGAGCUUAUUGAAGCCCACACGUUUGGUCCGGAAUGGCACAGACACGAAAAGGUGACCACUCGAUGGUGUUGGGAUCUCGUACUGAGAGGAUAUGCGAAGGAGAACAACGAAGCAGAAUUGCUUGAAAUUCUCGAGUAUAUUCAAAAACGCGGGCUCUCUGUGUACUCCUUCAAGACACAGCUUAUCAUGACGAAGUUCUACGCGGCGAGGGACGAUGUCGAAGCUACCAAAAUGUGGUACUCAAAGCCAGUGGUCUACAGCACAGAUGUGAAAGGGAGCAUUAGUCCUGAACCCGAGACACUCGCUAUUGUGCUGCAAUUUUGUAUCCGCAAUAAUGAAUUGGAUUGGUGCAGGACCAUUUUUCGAGAUGUUCUUGAGACAGAUCCAAACAAAGCUACGUGGGAUAUCGUUUUGCAGUGGGCCGCUGGGGUCAUGGGAAAGGGUGUCGAGGAUGUCGAACGAAUGAUGAAGGUCAUGAUUCGACGAAGUGCUUCUGUCAAUGGCAAGGACUCAGUUGAACCUGAUAUAGUUACGAUCAAUGGUUUGGUGGAACUUGCCAUGUCCUUGAAUGACUCUUAUCUCGCCGAGAGAUACAUUGCACUGGGAGAAAAAUUUGGGAUCAAGCCGAACGCCAAUACGUUCAUCCUACAGAUGAGGUACCGCGCUGAUGCGAAUGACUUGCGAGGCGCUCAAGAGGCCUACGACUUGUUACAAGCAGAAGAAGUUCAGAACGACGAAGACCUUCCAGCAAUCAACAAAUUCCUUCGCGCUCUCUGCGCUUCGAAGAAUGACAAUUAUACACGCAUUACCUCCAUCAUAUGCGAUCUGGAAGAACGGAAUAAGAGGCUGGAGGCUGAUACAGUUUGUGCACUGACAAACAUGUACCUCCAUCGGGAUGAGCUGGAGGAGAUGAUUGACGUUCUCCAAACUCAAUCUUACCAUUACACAGUUGAGGAACGAAGUCGAAUCAUCAACAUCAUGUUACAAUUCGCCACUAAUCCUCAAAUAAACACAGUAAGAGCUUGGGAGUCGUAUAGCAUCAUGCGCCAGGUCUUCGACGAGACGCCCACGGAGCAGCGUACUCAGAUGAUGAACGAAUUCUUCUCCCGCAAUCGCUGCGACAUGGCCUGCCACGUCUUUGGCCACAUGCGCCAACAUUCAGUCUUGGCCCGUCGUCCAAUAUUGGAAACAUAUGUUCAAUGUUUCGAAGGCAUCGCAAAGUGCGAGGACCGGGAGAGCUUGGAUAUGGUGCACAACAUGCUCAAGAUGGAUAGCUCAAUCGAGCCUAACACGAAGCUCUACAAUUCCCUUAUGCUGGCAUACACAGCUUGCGACGAUGCAGACCGUGCUCUUGACUUCUGGGAUGACAUCACCAACACAGAUGAAGGGCCCAGCUACAAGUCUCUAGAAAUUGUUUUCUGGGCUUGUGGCCGCAAGCCGUUCGGCGAUCGUAAGGCACGGGACAUCUGGAACAAGAUGCGCAGAAUGGAGAUUGAGGUCACAGGCAAGGUUUUUGCUGCGUACAUUGGUGCCCUGUCUGGUCAAGCCAAGUUCGAAGAGGCGAGGGACAUGCUGGAGGUUAUGGAGAAGGAUCUUUCACUCAAGUUGGAUGUGUUGACGUAUGUUAUCCCGCACUUUUCAUUCCAAGAUGGCAUUACUGACUCGAUUCAAUAGCUUAGGAACAUUCUACAAUUCCAUCCCGAGUCAGCACAGGAAAGAUCUGGUGGAGGAGUGGGCGAAGGGUCUCUAUCCUGAUGUAUGGAAGGAGUUGUGUAAGUUAGGCCAGACGACGCAGAAGGAGGGUCACAGGCUGUUCAAUAUGAAGAGGGAGAUUAAGGCUUGAGACAGUUACAUAGAUGUAUAUUAUGUAGCGACCUAUCUGCAGCCGUACAUUGUAUUCAAGUGAAUUUCAUCAAGCUUGGAAGUACCAA